AUGUCUUCAAAUAUGGCCGAUAUUUUUAACCGCGAAAUCCUUGCAACACCAUCUAUAAGAAACCAUCAAAGAAAGCAUAGAAAUCAUCUUAGAAGGCAACGAAACGCAUACAUUUCAUUUCGAAGACACCUUCAGCAUAAUGCAUUUAUGAAUAGGAUCGCAAGGAUCCCACCUCAGAGUUCGAAUAAUGC